UUGACUCCAGCUGGUCGGGACAAACCCGCAGUGACACACUUCCACACAAAUACACAUACAUACAUUCGUACAGCCGCGGCCUCUCCCCGGGCUUGUUCCCGUGUUUCCCCAGCUUAUAUCGGCUCAAACAGGCUAUCGAACCGCUGCCCAGAACCGGACCGGGUCCAGGAGCUCUGCCGCCCUUGCGCUUGGUCUCUGAAAACCAGAAAUGCGGUUUGUUUAACACUUACAUGACGGCUUGUUCUCCCGCUGGACUGAUAUUUUAAAGCCGUUUAAAGUGCCUCCGCUGGGGGAUACAAACCACAGGACGUUAACGGAGUAACGGGCAUCAUCUUCGUCGGUGUUUCCCUCGGUGUUUCGGCGGCAGCCAUGGCAGGAGGACGCUCAGCUCUCGGUCUGCUCGUCCUGCUCUGUGCUCACUUCCCCCGCUGCGGCUCCUUCAACCUGGACGUAGACAAACCCUCCGUGUACUCCGGCCCGGAGGGAAGCUACUUCGGCUUCUCCGUGGACUUCUUCAAGCCGCCGGGCAACCAAAAGUCAGACGUCCUGAUAGGAGCUCCUCGGGCCAACACCUCCUCCUCCAGCAGUGUUGUGGAGAGGGGAGCGGUGUACAGUUGUCCCUGGAGGAGUUCAUCCUGUCAGCAGCUGCAGUUUGACAACUCAGACGACAGGAAGAAUCCUCAAGGGGCUCAGAUGGAGUUUAAAUCCAAGCAGUGGUUCGGUGCCUCGGUACGAUCUGAUGGAGAGCACAUCCUGGCCUGUGCUCCUCUGUACCAGUGGUCGACCUUUGGUGUUUCUGAGCGAGAGCCGGUGGGAACGUGUUACCUGAAGAAAGGAGGCACCGUGGUGGAAUACUCACCCUGCAGAUCAAAUGCCAACUCACCUGAGGGGCAGGGCUUCUGCCAGGCCGGCUUCAGUGUGGACUUCCUCAAGAAGAACAAGAGAGUGGUGGUGGGAGGACCUGGCAGCUUCUAUUGGCAGGGUCAGCUGAUUUCUGAUGAUGUCUCAGAGAUUUUUUCCCGGUUCAACAACAAAUACGUCACCCCGUACGGGAACACCCUCGCCACCAAGUCGGCCGGCGCCCAGUACGACGACAGUUACCUCGGAUACUCGGUGACAGUUGGAGACUUUAAUGACGAUGGAAAAGAAGAUUAUGUGACUGGAGUACCGCGGGGGGAGAAGGCACUGGGUUAUGUGAACAUCUUCAACGGCAACAACAUGGAGUCCAUGGUCAACUUCACAGGAACACAGAUGGCUGCUUACUUUGGACAUGCAGUUGCUGCUACAGAUGUGAAUAAAGACGGUUUGGUGGAUCUGUUGGUCGGAGCUCCUCUCUUCAUGGACAGAGGGUCGGAUGGAAAACUCAGGGAGGUGGGACAGGUGUCUGUGUACCUGGGUCGAGGGGGAUUUUCCUUCCACCCACCUCAGAUGCUGACGGGGUCGGAGGUCUACGCCAGAUACGGCUCCGCCAUCGCAGCGCUGGGAGACCUGGACAUGGACGGAUACAACGACGUGGCCAUCUCUGCUCCUUACGGAGGCCCCGACCACGACGGCUUAGUCUACAUCCACAAUGGCCGCCCUCGGGGCCCCGACCCGACACCUUCCCAGGUCCUGCAGGGGAAAUGGGCGUCCAGCUACAUGCCUGCUAGCUUUGGAUACUCCAUGACUGGAAACACUGACAUAGACCAGAAUGGAUAUCCAGAUUUAAUAGUGGGAGUGUUUGGAGCAGACAAAGCUGUUUUAUACAGAGCCCGUCCGGUGAUCACUGUGAACGCCACGUUAGACCUGACGCCUCAGAUCAUCAACCCAGAGGAAAAGACCUGCACACUUCCUGGAACCAGCACACCUGUGUCCUGUUUUAAGGUGAAGUACUGUCUGAAGGCCAGCGGCCACGGCGCUCCAGCUACUCUCAAUUUUCGUGUGGACCUCAUGUUGGACCGUCUGAAGCAGAAGGAGGCGACCAAACGCGUGCUCUUCCUGCACAGUCGGACCUUUCAGUACUCAAAGAACAUGACGGUGUCCAACGGCAGAGGGCCGGCCUGCGAGGAGCAGCCUGUCUUCCUGAGGGACGAUCGGGAGUUUCGGGAUAAGAUCACUCCCAUCUCCGUGGCGAUGGAGUACAGCCUGGACUAUCAGCAGGCGGCGGACCAGACCGGACUGCUGCCCAUCCUCGACAUGUUGGCUCCAUCCAACGUCACCAAGCAGGCUCACAUCCUGUUGGACUGUGGAGACGACAACAUCUGUAAACCUGACCUGAGGUUGUCAGUGAAGAGUGACCGUGAGCAGAUCUACAUCGGCGAUGACAACGCUCUGACCCUGGAGAUCAGGGCUGAGAAUCUGGGAGAGGGCGCCUAUGAGGCCGAGCUCCACGUCUACCCUCCACAACAGGCCGACUUCACCGGGGUCGUCCGCAGUCAGACCUUCACCAGGCUGUCCUGUGCUUACAAGAAGGAAAACCAGACCAAGAUGGUGGUGUGUGACCUGGGAAACCCCAUGAAGGGAGGAACCAAGGUGCUGACAGAGUUGAGGUUCAGCGUGCACCAGCUGUCGGAGGAGGACACAUCUGUCAAGUUCGACCUGCAGAUCGUCAGCUCUAACCAGUUCAACAACACGAGUCCUCGGGUUUCCAGCGUCACCAAGCUGGCUGUCCUCGCUAAAGUCGCCAUCAGAGGGUCGUCGUCCCCUGGUCAGGUGCUGCUUCCCAUCGCUAACUGGAAACCUAAAAACCCUCCUGUGGUUGGAGACGACAUCGGACCACAAAUACUACACGUCUAUGAGCUCCUGAACAGCGGGCCCAGUACGUUCAGUAAGGCGUCUCUGAAGGUGGAGUGGCCGUACCAGUUUAAGAACGACUCUCUGCUCUACAUCACAAGCUACGAAACAGAGGGACCCAUCAACUGUACCACCGACAUAGAGAUCAACCCGCUCAACGUGUCGAACCCGUUGACGUCUCAGAAGAACACCAGUGUCGUCCCGCCCAGAGAGCGGGAGACGGAGGGACGAAACAGAAACCACGUUCGCAAGAGAGACCUGGAGUCCAGAGACACACUGGGCGACCUGCAAACGCUGGACUGUACCACAGCUGAGUGUCUGCAGCUGAGGUGUCAGGUCGGUCGUCUGGAGAGAGGGAAGAACGCCAUCCUCUUCAUCUACUCCAGACUGGCCGUCAACAACUUCCUCAGGACUGAGAAUCAGAACCGUUCGUACGUGGUUCGAUCUACAGCCUCUUUCAACGUCAUCGAGAUGCCGUACAAGAACCUGGACUUUGAGUUACCGUCCAAUAGCACCACUGUGAGUGUGUCGGUGUUGUGGGUGGCAGACGCUCCUCAGCCGGUGCCAGGCUGGGUGGUGGCUCUGGCUGUACUGGCCGGACUGCUGCUGCUGGCGCUGCUCAUCUUCAUCAUGUACAAGUUGGGUUUCUUUAAGAGAGUGCGCCCCCCGCAGGAGGACUGCACAGAGAAGGAGCAGCUGCAGCCGGAGGAGAACGGCAACACUGACGCCUAGAGGUCAGACUCUGAGGAACGCCCCUGUGUUCGAACAGAAAGAAAGUCCAGGAGAGAAAAAUCAGGGUAAACGGCCGUUUAGAGAACUUCACUGUAUUCACUGUCGAGUGGUAGAUAAUGGUACUGGUCUAAGUUUUAAUAAGGUUUCUGUUUUUUGUCUAGUCAUGUUGUGUUUGUGCCAAAAGAGAAGCUCCACCUGCUGUACACUGGUCACAGAUGAACUCCUCCAGUAGCUCUUUUUAUUUUAGAUUUUAAAGCCACUCCUGUGUCUGUCAGUUAAAUAUGACACUACAACAUUAAGUUAGCAUGAAGACUGGAAACAGUCAGCCUGGUUCUGUCCAAAGGAAACGACCUGCUCCUCUAAAGCUCACUCAUCAACAUGUUAGAUCUCGUUACAUUGAACAAAGCCCAAGUGUAAAAACAGCCGUCAACACUUUUUACAGAGGGUUAUGUACUUAACUACUCAUAGAGAAACUUGGAAAUGAAAAUACAAAAAUUGGCAUUUUUACACUUCUGUAAUCAGUCAUUGAGCUUUGGAGGUGCUUGCUGGUGGAACUAGAUCUAGACUGUGAUAAUCCAGCAUGCAUCAGGCAACAGUGUCAUUUCUCUGAAGACACAAGGUUCACGUCUGUACCAGAGCUUGUGGAGCUUGGCCUGAUAUUUAAUUUGCACUUUUUGUUUUUUUUUUGGUCCAAACCCUAAAUGAUUAAUGAGCUGUGGGUGUUUGUUGCCCUCAAAGUCCAGAACUGCUGAUAAACUCGAGCAAUUUCCAACCUGUCUCACAACUUCUCUCAUCUGAUCAACAUCAUCAUGCUAAAAGAAUCUGUACACGACAGUAAAGUGUUGCUACUCUGGGUUUAUAAAGGACGUGGACCUGGGGGAGUCUUUAUGUCCUGGACCUCAGACUGACUUCUCAGACAGUCUGAGCUGAGAUCAGUUUGGGCAUUUCUAGUCUUUCCAAGGUCCAUGAUAAAUAAUAAUGAAAAAAGAAAUAAACAGCUAUUUAAAAAUCACACAGUAUCAGCUGAACAAGAGACGGAGCAGAAGAGUCAACCAUCAUCAGCAAAUACGUGGAAUUUUGAGGUGGUGAACCUGUGGAUGAAUCAUUGUGUUUAUUUGCCAUUUGUGAUAAUGUAUCAGACGGUCAGCAAUAAUGCAGCAAUAUGAAAUUUGAUAAUGUACAGUCAGCAAUAAGUGAAAUGGAGGUGGAUGCAUUCAGGUCUGUUUUUGGAUAGAGAUGGUUUAGUUUGCUCUGAUGUGGGCUGGAGUGUUACAGUUAUAGUUACCUUUAUGCUUUGUGUGUGGGGGGAAGCUAGUUUAAAUGUGUUUUGUUCUGCUUUGGGAUGCUGGUGGGUUUUUUCAGUAUUUUUUGGUAUUGCCUACAAAACAGUGAUGGUGAGUGAUUAAUUAACAACAGUGGGUCCAGCUCAUUUCAACAUCAUCAGGAAAAUGUUUGUCAAAGUUUGUUUUUUGUUCAGAAAAUGAUGUCUGGUUUGCUAAACCCUGCCCCUGAAGAGCGAUUGUCCAAUCAGGAGCUGAAACAAUCAGCAACUAUUUCAACAACCGAAUAAGUGCCGCAAGCAAAAAUCACAAAUCAGUGCCAAAUAUCCUCUUCUUUGUCAUAUAUCAUAGUAAGCUAACUGUUUUCGGUUUUGAAAAUUUGGUGAAACAAAACAAACUGUAGCAACAGUGUCUUGGGUUUCUCGGCGUGUUGAAAUGGUGGACAUCUAAGAUUUUAGUGUUUUUCAAGACCAAAAACCCAAAAGAACAGUGUGCACUGUAAACUGCAGUUGUUAGCAUGCCCAGCUAACUAGCUUACUACCUGCUGUCAUAACCAAAUGUCUUGUCUCCAAGGCCAAGAGUUAGCCUACUGUUGGCUAACAACAUAGGUUUUGGGGGCUGGUUAUGACUGACACAUUUACUGUUUUAUUAUUUCCUCACUGAAUGCUAUCAGAGUUUGAGCUAACGUUAGCAGCUCAGUUCUGCUCUUUAUUGGAUCUGUGAUCUGGAUUUUCACUCCAGCAACUCCAGCCAGAACUAGCCAAGAUAGUGUUAUGUUUACUAAACACAUUUGUCAUUAUACUUAUAACAGUAGGACUAACUAGCUUCUACUUAAAUCUGCAAUAAAAAAGGAGAAAAUUGAAUUUGGUGGCUGAUCUGCCACUGUUAGCAUUAUAAACUGCAAAAUACGAGAGCAGAAAGAUUGACAGCCAUAGCAACAGUAACUAAAGAGGGCAGGGUUUAACAAAUGGUCAUUCAGUUACAGUUAUAAAACUUUCCCACCCUGCACUGUCUGAGGACUCCUUAUGUUUUUUUUUUGUUUGUUUUGUUUUUUUAAUAGUAUUAUUUUUCCUGAGAUUUGCUGAGUGGCAGCUCUGCUGAGAACUAGUGUGAUGCGGUCUGAAAGCAGGUUGCUAUUUUAUGUUUGAGUGUGUGAGUGAGUGUGUGAGAACAUAUUAAAGACAAUAAAAACAAUAUCUUCGCUUUGAAUUUACCCAUAUUGGGUUUGCAUUAUGAACUAAUGUUUAAGGUUGAUGAUAAUUUUAAAAGAUAUAUUAAUUCAAGUAACAAUCACUUUGAAACAGCUCCACAGGAACAGUUGGUUAGAACAUUAUAUAUUGUUUUCUUUGCUUUCACUGGCAUCUGAUCCACUGCUUUUUAUUAAUGUCAUCCCUCUGAAUAUCCUCUGAUACUUCUAGAUACACUGCUGCUAUUAGCCGCAUUUUGUUAGCAAACUCUUGGAUUUCAACAGCAGGAGUUAAGGAUGCACGAAUACUACGGGUGGACAGAAUAACUACAGAUACUAAACCCUGAUAUCAGUGUUCAUUUUAUUUUCUGCCUGUUUUACACUGAGUUGGAUAUUGUGCUUCCACUGGUGGAAAAAGGGCUUAAGUUUUCUGUCUAGAUAUUUAAGAAUCUUUACUACAAGAUUGUCAGACAAUGCCACUGUCAUGUCUAUGCAGUAAAUAUGAAGCAAUGGAAUAAAUAUGACUGCUGGAUGUAGUAUCAUAUUUAGACGUGAGCAAAAAAUUAUGUUUAUGAUUAAAUAAGCAACAAUCAAAGUUAAAAACACCCUUAGCUGUUAGAUGUUAAGAAUUGAUUAUUGUGUUUUUAUAGGUUGUUAGAAUUAUUGAUUGUACAUUGUUCAAAUGGCUAAACUGUUAGAAAUACAGGAAUUUGUAUUCAGUUGAAUCCCGGGCUGCAUCAAACUACUAAGACAACCUUAGUUGAAACCAAAAAAUACAAAAAUCUCUCACAAAAACUGUUCCAACUUUGAGAAUUGAGAAUUCAUGCAGGAGCCCGUCGCUCUUGUAAGACGUUAACUGAGAAAAUGAGUUUUCAGUCGUGCAGUGUUUAGGUCGAUUCCGUUAAUUGAAAGGUAAUACAUGAGAAAUGGUUUUGUUAUGAGCACUGAUCUUAGGUCAGUAGUAUCUGUGUGUCAUUUACCUGACAAGGUUGAUAUUUAGUCAUGACAGAGUGGCGUUACUGCACUGUUAAAACUGUUUGUAAAGGUUUCUCUUAGCACAUCGGUGUUUAAACUAAACUAGGUUCAAACAUUUCUGUUGUCACCAGGGUUCAGCAGGACUGAGGUCAGUUCACUCUCAUCUCAGUCAGCUCAGAUUAUUCAGAAAUGUUUCAUUCAGUUCAUUGGAGAAGGUCAUUGGAGGAUUUGCGGCUUGGCACACUGAACUCCAGCAGGAACACAGCUGAGGGUUUACACAAAGUUUAAAUACAGGCCUCCUGAGCUGACUGAGCAGAGUAACAUGAAGCCAGUCCUGCAGCUGUCUGUCUGUCUGUUGUGUCUGAGGGGCUUUAUUAACUGUGUUUUAUAUAUAAUACCACGGUCUGUCUUUCUCUCUGCCAUAAGAAAAUAUUGACUAUUUUUGAUGUAUGUAUUCUUUCACCUAGAGAAUAAAAAAUACUAUUUCAUGAUGAGAUGAUUUUCACAUUUGAACUGAAAUAAACUGAUUUGUUCACA